AGCUCGAAUUGUUCGUCAUCCAGUCUCGGAACGAGUUAAUGAGUACUCCUCUGUAUCGUUCCUAUGCCAAGUCAGUGGAAACCCGGUUCCAGUAAUUCGUUGGUCCUUCAAUGGCACUCUUCUCUCACCUCACUCAUCUGUCACGAUUUCCAAUUCGAACUUCAGUAAUGCUUCUCUAAUACAGCCAGGGAGCGUGGGCAUUUCGUCCUUGCUCAAACUGGAGAACGUCACUUACCAGAGCAAUCAAGGCACCUACACUUGUCUGGCUAAAAACAGCCAUGCGAGUCCAAACGCUUCUGCUGGACUUGAAAUUUAUAUCCCUCCUGUUCAUCGAUCACACCCGCAGAAUGUCAGUUCUUCGGAAGGCGGCACAGCUGAAUUUUGUUGCAACGUGUACGGCGUCCCAACACCGAAUAUCACAUGGCUCUACAGGGAUUACAAACGGUACCCCAUCGAGGUACCUCUUUCCGGAGAGCGAAACAAAACGUUGAGAUUUAGCAACCUUACCUACAGUUAUCGAGGUCAGGUUCGUUGCCUAGCUGAUAACCGCGACAGUAUCACUCCAAGUCUUGGCGGAAGAACAUACAGCCAGCCAGCCACUCUGGAUGUGUACGUUGCACCACGCAUUGUUGCUGGACCAAACAAUGUAACGAUACUUGAGGAAUAUGACACAAACCUCACCUGCGUGUCAUAUGGACACCCAACUCCAAUGAUAUACUGGAUGCAUAAUGGGUUGGCAGUCUCUGACUGGACCAUGGGCUUGUCAAAUGUCUCCACUGCAUCAAGGCCAAGCAUUUACUUCAGUGUAUUGACAAUCUCCAACGUCACGUUUGCUGAUCGUGGCACGUACACUUGCGUUAGUGACGUCAACACCACGGGGUACAUUGUCAGUAGCAAGCUGAUUUCAACUACCUCAACAUCCGCUGAAGUUUCUGUACUGGUUCCCCCACGUGCUAUCGUACUUGCAAGAACAUCGAAAGUUGUGUACCCGAUGACAAUCAAUGUGACCUGCAGCUUUAGCGGGAAUCCAGCGCCAAACAUCACUAUCACUGCUCCGGGGCUGACUGAUCUCCAAGUGACCGCUAUGAGUACAUCAUUCAUUGGGGAACUCGGCGAUCGACUACCCCUCCGCACAACCACAUUGAUCGUCUCCCCAUCCAACAUAGUGAACAACGGAACUUACACCUGCACUGCUAACUCAAUGUCUGGCAAGCUAGAUCAUUCCCUAGACGUAAUUGUCCAGUGGGUACCAGACGCACCUGGUGUGUUAUGGGUGUUGCUUAUCGGUGAAAAGAUCGUCAUAUCUUUGUUUGCGGCAACUCCCAACAAUGCCCCUCUCACAUCCUACACAGUUAAGUAUGGGAACGUAGAUUGUCUUGGUCAGAUAAUGGAGAACUCCACUGAUCUUCCUCCAUCGACCAACACAAUUUUCAUCGAUGUGGAGCCAAGUCAAAUCUACACUGUCCAAUUGCGUGCAUCAAAUGCGAUUGGCGCUGGGAACUACACACUCCCGACACAGAUCUUGACCCAUGAUAAGUCUCCCAGUGGUUCUCCGGAGAAUGUAUCGGUCCAGGCACUCAGCCCUUACAGUGCGAAUGUCUCAUGGAUGCCUAUUCCAUGUAUGGAGCAGAAUGGCAACAUCAGCGGAUAUGACGUCGAGUAUAACAUAACGGUGGACAUUGAUGAUAAAAGAUAUGUUGACACCUAUCAUGGUAUUCAGGCUGUCCAAUCAGGCUCCGAGCUGUCAACCAUCAUAUCAGGUCUGAAUGCCUUCUUUACUUACAACUUUCGUGUUCGAGGCAGAACUGUUGCUGGAUAUGGUCCGUACAGCCCUUCCAUCAGUGCUAGAACGCUGACUUCAGUUGAACCACAGUACCUUAACACCUCAUCCGGUUUUGUUGUAACCUGCAAUGCACACCAAGAGGUCAUUCUAAGCUGCAGCUUCCGUGCCGGUUUGAGGCCAGUGAUUACGUGGGCACGGGAGGACACCAGUGCAUCAAUGGGAGGCGUAAUGACUAAGCAAAUCGCCAGCUCGUCAAACUUGACGCACACCGGCACAUUGACGUUUGUCCGCGUUGAAAGGACUGAUGAGGACAACUACACAUGUACAGCUACCAAUGCGAAUGGCACGGAUGCCGUGGCUCUGUAUGUACGAGUUCAAGGUAGGUAA